AUGACAACGCCGAAUAUUCCCAGCCGUCAGACCGCCGUCGUAGGGUUAGCUACUGGCGGUCUGGCUGUCACGAAUGAUGCCCCUGUGCCAGAGCUUGAGGAUGACAUGAUCCUCAUAUCAACAAAGGCUGUCGCAUUGAAUCCCGUCGACAAUAAGAUGCAAGGUCGACUGAUCACACCAGGCGCAAUCGCAGGUCACGAUUUCUCAGGCACAGUACUUGCCAUUGGCAGCAAUGCAGCAAAGGUAACGCCAGUGCCACUGGCAAUUGGUGACAGAGUGUGCAGUGCUGUCCAAGGCAUGCACGACCUCACGCCAGCUGUUGGGGCUUUUGCGGAGAUCGUUGGUGCAAGCGCGCAUGCCUGCCUCAAGGUGCCGGAAAAUAUGUCUGAUGCUCAGGCAGCAUCGUUAGGAACAGCGGUUGCAACAAUUGGGCUGGCGCUGUUCGGUUCGUUGGGCAUCCCAGGACACCCAGAUGCGCCCAUGACAGGAGAGAAGGGGAGGAAUAUCUUGAUAUAUGGUGCAAGCUCGAGUGUAGGCACAAUGGCCGUGCAACUGGCGAAGCUAUCUGGUAUGAAUGUUAUUGGGACUUGCUCGCCUAAGAACUACGACUUGGUCAAGUCUUAUGGUGCGGAUAUCCUGUUCGACUAUAACUCAAAGACAUGUAUUGAGGAUAUCAGGAGCUACACCAAGAAUGGUCUCAAGUUCGCUCUGGACUGCAUCUCCGAGGUCGACACAAUGGCGUUUUGUUACGCAUGUCUCGGUCGUACUGGAGGCAAGUACACUCGAUUGGAACCAUUUCCAGAUGUACUCCAUACGCGGAAGCAGACAGUUACUCCAGACUGGGUAUUGGGUCCUACGAUGCACGGCAAGCGGAUUAACUGGCCGCUGCCGUUUGAGCGUGACGCCAAUGCCGAGGUAAAGGAGUUUGCUCGCAAGUGGUUCGUGACCGCACAGCGACUCCUCGAUGAGGGGAAACUGCGUCCACAUCCUGUAAAACUUUUGGAAGGGUUUCCCGCCAUUCUGGAAGGGCUGAAGAUAUUGGAGAGUAAGGCAAUAUCAGGGCAAAAGCUUGUUGUACAGCUGUGA